CUUUAUCACGGUGGCCCCAUCUCGUCCCCCCUUGUUUCCCCCGCACCCCGCACACCCACCCACCCGUACAUACACACCCACGCACAUGCGAACCUCUCCCAAUUGCCUGCUCUUGUCCUACUCAACUACACACACUCGCACACAGGCAGCAAGCCCCGCAUGUGGCGCAAGGCCUGGCGCGACAAGAUCCUGCCGGCACUCGUGAACUUCAAGCCGGACAUUAUCCUGGUGUCAGCUGGCUUUGAUGCGCACAAGAAGGAGGAUCUGAACCUGCGCUACGUGGGUGUGGCCGAGGCGGACUACGAGUGGCUGACGGGUCAGAUCGUGGAGGUGGCCAACGCCUGCUGCGGGGGGCGGGUGGUGUCGGUGCUGGAGGGGGGGUACAACCUGCGGGGCGGACCGCUGGGAAGCCCCUUUGCGAGGAGCGUUGCCGCGCACGUUCGGUCGCUGGCCGCCCCCUCCACCGCCCGUUACGACCCCUCCUGGGCGGAGACGGAGCGGGCGGCGGAGAAGGCGGCGGAGCGGGCCGCGGAGGCCAAGCGAGCCGCGAGGGCGGCGGAGAGGGCCGCGGCGCUAGCGGCAGGCCUCGCUACCCCGGGCUCCGCACUUCCCACGCCCCGGGCUGGCGUCACCCCCGGCGCCGCCGCCGCCACCCCCGCCACCGCCGCCCUCAGCCCCGUGGCUGCAACCCCAGCUGUCACAGCCGGCGGGGGCGGCGGCGGCCCGGCGCCAAUGGAUACCGACGCAACGUCGCCAGUGGCGGCGGCGCCGACGCCGACGCCUUCAGUGCCGACGGCGGCGGCGGCGGGUACGACAGUUGGCGACGGAUCCGUCGCCGCGACGCCGUCGAAUGCGGUGACAAGUGCGACCGCCGCCGUCGCCGGUGUUGACGGCAUUGGCAGUGGCGGCAGCGCCGCCGCUGGUAGCGAUGAGCCGCCGAGCAAGCGCCGGCGGCGGCCGCCGGUUGACUACGCUGCGUUGAAUGCGCAGUUGGAAAGGGAACGACAGGAGGCGGCGGCGGCGGCAGCGGGGGCGGCGGCUGCAGCAACACCGGGAGGCGGCAGCGGCGCCGGAACUCAGGCAUGAUGGCCUGUGGCGGCGGCGUGUUGUGCGGCGUGUUGUGGCGCCGAGUGGUGGGGCGCGCUCGACAAGCACAACGAGAUCCGCAACCAGAUGAGGCUCUGGAGGGCAGUGGACCGGGGCAAGACAGGACAGUGGUCACCUCGCAGAGGAUUGGCUGGUGGAGUGGUGGAAUGGUGGAGCCCCUAUGUAUGGUACCGGUACCGGUGUAUGAGAGGAGGGCAGACCUGGGUUACACAUGAUGUGGUUGUGUGGUUAUGCUGAAGAGGAGGAAAGCGGAGGGGUGUGGCGGGGGGGCUUGAGGCCGG